GCUGCACAUCGCCAUCGAGAAGGGCCUCCGGGACACCGUCCGCCUCCUGGUGGAGAAGGGGGCCGACCUCCGUGCACAGGCCACGGGCCUCUUCUUCCGGCUGAGCCGCAGCCCGCAGGAGGGCUUCUACUUCGGUACGGUCUCCCGAGGCGGGGGGCCCCCGUGGGCCCCGGGCGCCCCUGAGCGCCCCCGCUCUUCUCCCAGGGGAGUACCCGCUGUCCCUGGCGGCCUGCACGCUCCAGCCGGACCUGGUGCUGUUCCUGCUGAGCCGGCCCGAGCCCGGCCUGGCCGAGGCCCGGGACUCCCUCCAGAACACCGUCCUGCACGCGCUGGUGCUGGGGGCCGCCGACCGCCCGGGGGUGGCCGACAUGUACGACCUGGUGCUGCGGGUCAGCGAGGAGAGGCGGCUCCGGGACGGGCCGCGCUCCGACACGCACCUGGAGCGAGUCCGCAACGGGCAGGGCCUGACGCCGCUGCAGCUGGCGGCCCGGGAGGGCCGGCUGGAGUUGUUCCAGCACAUCGUGGGCAGGGAGCUCCCCGCGGGCCACCCGCUGCGCCAUCUCUCCAGGAGGUUCCUGGAGUGGACCUACGGGCCGCUGAGCUGCUCUCUGUACGACCUGAGCGACGUGGACACCCCCGACGCCCACUCGGCCCUCAGGAUGGUCGUGUCCAGCCCGGACGUGGAGAAAGCCUCCGAGCUGCUGGAGGCGGAGCCCCUGCGGAGUCUGCUGGAAUCCAAGUGGAGCUCAUUCGCGGCCGCCAUGUUCGUCGUCAGCGCCGUCUGGUACCUCACCUACAUGGGGCUCUUCACGGCCGUGGCAGCCCGGCAGGCGGGACUCGGGGUGAGCCGCCCCCUCCCCCACAAGGGCCCUCCUUGGGAGGCUCCGUGA